GCCCCGGGAACGGAUCGAUUCCGAACGGAACGGAGCGCAUACGGACGGAAAGGCGAAAAACAAACGCGAGAUCGAUCGAUGUGGCUACAAUAUUUACGGACAACACAGUAGCCACCAAUUGCCGGGAGAGCAAAACAAAAGCAAAUUAAAGCAAUAGACGCCGGAAAACAUAUAUUUUGCGGUGUCAGCGAGGAGUCCAGUGGCCAAGCUUGAUAUAUUCUGUGUGUGUGUGGCAUUAGGUAACCGGAGACUUAAAGACUCUUGGACACUUGGAGCUCUCUAUUUAAUCAAAACACUCCGCCAUAUCAGCAAAAGGCGAAUAUGAAGCCGUCGGGUCAGUUGUCCAUCCGCUGUUAGCCGCCGCAGUGAGUGAGUGAGUGAGUGAGUGCUCCUAUUUUGAUUCCACUUCGGGCCAGAUCGGUUCCCUUUAUAGAGAUAACACAACCAACUGGGAAGGCUAUGUCGUGGAUAUGCUAAAUGGAAAUGGAUCCAAUGAUUUGUGAUCUGCGGUCUAGCCACAUCUAUUGGCUAUUGAUUCUCAUUUGUAUCUGCGGUUUGAAGCAAGUCAGCGGUUUCUUUGUGGACUAUACAGAAAACACCGAGCUUAUACAGCAAAGAGCCGGCUUCGAUGUCAAGUUGCAGUGCAAUCUCAAGGGGUUGGUGGAUGAAAGCAUGUUGGCUGACAUUAAGAUACAUUGGUAUUUUAAGCAAUGCAGCGAGAACAAUUGCCAUCAGUCGGAGUCUGCAGAAGAGUGGACCGCCCUGCCUUGUGAGCCCAGUUUGUGUCGGCCAGAGCUCUGGCUUCGGAAUGUCACUGAGCGAUAUUCGGGUCUCUAUAAGUGUAGUAUAAAUCCCCAUAUUUGGGAUAGAACCCAGGCGGUGGAUGUGCAGCUGGUUCGCACCUAUCAGUUGGAUGUGAAAAACACCUCUCUGGCUGCUCCCGAGUUUGUGGACUCGUAUCCCAAUAACAAAACCGUUCUUCUGGGCAGUCGGGUGGUGUUUCAGUGUCGUGUCCACAGCGAGGAGCAUCCCACCAUCAAGUGGUUUAGGCGACACACCUUCUUGGGCACUUCCCAGUCACCUGGAGAGGCAUCAACAACAGCCAGCGCCUCGAAUUUCAGCACACAUAUCGUCCGUUAUAAUGGCAGGACCUAUGAGCUCCUGUCCGCAGCUUCCGAGAAGCUGAUGGGACCACAGAUGUAUCUCAGCAAGCUGAUCUUGGAUGGAGUGCGGCACAAGGAUGCAGGUCACUACGCCUGCGUGGCCAUCAGUUAUCGGGGUCACAAGAUACGGGAGGCAUUCCUCGAAGUGUUACCUGAUCCGGAGCAGGAGCUAGAGCAGAUUCAGGAGAAGGAGUACUGGGCGGAUUAUGAUAAUAGCGAUGAGAGAGUUCCAACCAGCGAUCCCCGGGAGUUCCUGCUGCUCUUCCUUAUGCCCCUGGGCUUGGCACUGCUACCACUUACCGUGUGGCUGAGUUACUUGCUCUAUAAACGCUGUUCGGUGGUGGGUCAUGGGGAUUGCCAACGAAUGGAUUCGGACGAGGAUCUAGACACGGAACGUUGUGUUCUUGGCGGGCAUUGAGGCUCUAUCUGAGAGGAUUCCUGAAUUAUGCUGCAUUACGCUUAUUAGGAUUAGGGAUAAAGACUGCUUUUUGGAUUUAUAUAUUUAAUUUUUAAGGAGAAACUGUUUUCUUAGGAUGUAAAAAA